AUGGCGCCGCCGUCGCACUGCCACAUCAACAGCAACAAUAAUGGUGUCCACCUCAACGGCACCGCGGCCGUUCCGGCGGAAACGGAGACGGUGCCGCCACUGCUGGGCUCCCGGCUGCUUGAUGCCGAAGAGUUCAGGCGGCAGGGCCACCAGGUCGUCGACUUCAUCGCGGACUACUACGCCAGCAUGGAAGACUACCCCGUGCACCCCAACGUGACACCCGGCUUCCUGCGCCGGCAGCUCCCCUCGGACGCGCCGUCGCGCCCCAAGCCCGACGCGUUCGCCGCGGCGCUGCGAGACGUCCACGACCUCAUCCUGCCCGGCGUGACGCACUGGCAGAGCCCCCGACACUUUGCGCACUUCCCGGCGUCGAGUAGCACCGUCGGCGCCCUCGGCGAGGCCCUCGCCGCCGGCAUCAACGUCGUGCCUUUCACGUGGGCCGCCUCGCCGGCCGCCACCGAGCUCGAGAUGGUGGUUGUGGACUGGCUCGGCAAGGCGCUGCACUUGCCCAGGGGCUUGCUGUUCUGCGGCGGGGGCGGGGGCACGCUCCUGGGCACCUCGUGCGAGGCCAUCCUCUGUGCCCUCGUCGCCGCGCGGGAGCGCAAGCUCGUGGAGAUCGGCAGCAGGAGGAUUGGGGACCUCGUGGUCUACUGCUCCGACCAGACCCACUUCGCCGUCCGCAAGGCUGCGCGCAUCGCCGGCAUCCACCGCGACAACUGCCGCGAGAUCGCGACGUGCCUUGGAGGCAUGUUCGCGCUCUCGCCAGCCGACCUGCAGGCCGCCAUGCAGGUUGACGUGGACGACGGGCUUGUCCCGCUCUUCCUGUGCGCGACGGUCGGGACCACUCAGACGACCGCCGUCGACCCUAUCCGGGAGCUCUGCGCCGUCGCGGCGACGCACGGCGUCUGGGUCCACGUGGACGCGGCCUACGCGGGCUCGGCGCUCGUGUGCCCGGAGUUCCGCCACGUGAUGGACGCCGCCGAGGCUGUGGACACCUUCAGCAUGAACGCUCACAAAUGGCUCCUGGCCAACAACGACUGCUGCGCGCUGUGGGCGAGAAAGCCGUCGCUGCUCACGGCGGCGCUGGGCACCGAGCAGGAGUACAUCCUCAAGUCCGCGGCGGCGGACGGGCACGACGACGUCGUGGACUACAAGGACUGGUCCAUGACGCUGACCCGGCGAUUCCGCUCGCUGAAGCUAUGGCUCGUGCUCCGUUGCUACGGGGUGGAGGGUCUGAGGGACCACGUCCGCGCUCACGUCGGCAUGGCCGCGUCGUUCGAGAACAUGGUGAAGACCGAUGCCCGGUUCGAGGUGGUGGUGCCGAGGCACUUUGCGCUGGUGUGCUUCCGGCUCCUGUCGCCGGAGAACCUCGGCGGCGAGAAGACGGCCAACGAGCUCAACCGGAGGCUCCUCGAAGAGGUGAACGCGACCAGCUCGGGGCCGUACAUGAGCUCGGCUAAGGUGGGCGGCAUCUACAUGCUGCGGUGCGCCAUCGGGAGCACGCUGACGGAGGAACGGCACGUCCGCGAAGCGUGGAAAGUCGUGCAGGAUCGAGCUGCUUCCCUGCUCCGUAAAAUGGAGAUCAUUUACAGCGUGCUCGCUUAA